AAAAAAGUGGGAUAAAAAAAAGCUAUUCGGGCGAUUGACAAUUUCCUGAUGGGAGGUUCCGCCUAUCAGUCCCCAAAUCGGACAGGACACUCCGGAGCUGCGAGCAGGCGAUGGACUGAACUCACAGAGCGGCAUCAUUGUGACUCGAACGGUGUAACCUUCCGCCGGGAUUGUGUGCGACUUUUUAUUGGGACUCAUGUCAGUCUCAGGACGCCCAGCUCUCCUCAAACCUGCAGGUAUGAUCCAAAGGAAUGAGGUUGUGCUGUCGGUCCUGCAAGAGCUUCAGGAGGCCACCGAGAACUCCGGCCUGGACGCUGUGACCAGAGUGGCCAUGGAGGUGGAGCGGGUCCUCGCUCCUUUCCAGCUCCCCAAAGCCCCCUGUCAGGACUUUCCCGAGUGGGCACAUGUGGACAAAGCAGCCCAUGCUUUGUACCCUGCUGACGCACCUGGGGGACUCCUGCCGCUGAGCUGCAACGGAGAAGGCAACUUGCUGUUUGAUGCUGUGAGCACACUGCUUGUGGGCAACACCGGACUCAGCUUGGAGCUGCAGGUAAGAACUGUGGUGGAAAUGCUGCUGUGGAAGAGAUACUACUUAUCCGGGAUGAUCGAUUCUAAAAUGAUGCUCCAAGCGGUUCGAUUCAGUCUUAGCGCCGAAGAGUCUGAAGACAUGCUCAACCUGCCCGUGGCCGUCCUGGAGGCCAUCUUUGAUGCAGAUGUUAAAGCGUCCUGCUUCCCUGGCUCCUAUGCCAACAUGUGGCAUGUCUACGCCCUGGCAUCCGUCCUUCAGUUCAACAUCUACUCCAUCUACCCAAUGUUCAACCUCAAGAUCAGGCCCUAUUUCAAUCGACUGAUUCGCCCGAGGACCUGGCCUGAGGACUUAGAGCCACAAACCAUCCACAUAAUGUGGUCCGGGGACAUGCAGUCCGAAGCCUUGUUCAGGCCCAAAUACUUUGUCUCCCUGGUUCAGGCAAGUUGUCUCAUGUGUAGAAGCCCUGAAAGUGAGGAGACGGCGUCUCCGCACAGGAGCGAGGGCCAAGUCAACCAGGAGUCGCAGCUUUCCUACCCAAGUCUGAAGGACAAGUACAACAUCACCAAGAGAACCUUCUAUCGCUGGAAGAGGCAGACGCAGGAACACUGCAAAAAGUCUGCAGCAAGGUAUGAGGCUAAAUACUUUCUCCAGGCCUGCUUCCUGGAAGGCAAGCUCAUCCCUUUGCACCAGUUCAAAGAGUUUUUCCCCGAGAUUUCAAGGUCGUCGUACUACAACUGGAAGCACGAGCUCCUGAAAUUCGGCGGACAGUUCUCGACGUCGUCCUCUGCCGGAGAGAUUAGCCCCGGAGAGAGCACGGAGCAGGAGGUCUGGUCCUCGCCCGAAACCAAGCAAGACGAGUCCGACCACCACGACAACGUGGCCAGCAUGUUCGGCCUUAACCUGGGCAAGCUGGAUGCUGAGAGGGCUCAGAAUGUGCUGCACAUGCAGGAGGCCAAGCGCUGUCUGCAGAACUGCAUUGCCAUGAACACUUCCUUCCCCUUCAGGAUAUUCAAGAGAAACUUCCCGGGAAUUUCACGAUCCACCUAUUACAACUGGAGGAGAGAAGCUCUGCUCUUUAAUCGGGGAUACAAGGGCACCGCGGGGAGCAGCGAAGACAGCUCAGAUGCCGACAAAACUCAGAGCCCAAGAGAUCAGACUUUGGCAGUGCCUGGCCUCACUCACCCACCGGCACCAAGAAUGAGGGUCUGGGGACGGAAGCACAGAAGUUUCACGCUGGCUUAUCUGAGCAAAAAACAGCUCAGAGAAGCCGCGAAGCUGCAGGUUCAGAGGUCCAACUGGUCCUUGACAAAAUUCAAGCUCAAAUUCCCCUCCAUCUCGUUGUGUUUCUAUUGGCUGUGGCGUGGCAGACAAAACCACACGAGGAAGAAGGCGGCGAUCCCCCAGACGGUAGAGGUCAAUGUCCCCGAGAGCAAGGAGAGUAACGCCAGCGAGAUAACGGAGAAGCAGGCCGGGCUCCCAUUUGUCCACAUCCCCCAGUACCGGGAACGUUGCGCUGUGCCUUCCUUUGACGCCCCGCAGUUAACCCACCCCUUCCCCAGGGGGGUGCCCGUGGCUCAGCAGAUGCUUUCAGUGGAUGUUGUUGCUCUCGCCAACUUCAAGGCCAAAGCCAAGCUCUUCCUUCAGCAACGCUUCGAGGAGAAGUCCUUCCCCACGUUCAAAGAAUUCCGAUCCUACUUCCCGUUCACCGCUCGCUCGACGUACUACAUGUGGAAGCGAGCCUUGUACCAUGGGGUGUCACUGGUGCAUGGUUAAACGAGCGAGGGCUUCAAUCAAUCUAAACUACCUAUCAUGUUAAGUCCGUGUUACGUAUAUUAGCUUAACAUCUAAAUCCAUUGCCUUGGAUCAUUCCUACCUCCUCGAUGUUUGCACAUGUGUGAAAAGUUGCCCGUCUGUUUAAACCCUGCAUUUUGUUUAGUCGCUUUUUGUAUGAAGCUGUUUUUAUUCCAUUCUUUUGAACUUUGGGCUUUUUUAUUUUUAUUUUUUAAUAACUUUUUAUUGUUGUGAUUGCAUAUGUUUUGCAUGUAAUAUCUGACCGGAGAACAUUUGCUACAGUUUGGAAAAAUUGUUUUUAUUUCUUUCAAGCUUAAAAAAAGGUUUGAGGCAAGCAGCAGUCUAAUCCUACUUUGAUCUUUUAAGUUACAGGAUGCAAAAAUCCACAGUAAAGCUUAAGGUGAUUACGUUUUUGGUAAUUAAAUGCCAGUUUUUCAGGAAAUCUUCACAUAAAGCUGGGGUUUGUCACACUAGAUUUGCACUGGAAUGAUACCCACCGCAGUACUGAAUGUAUAGUAUGAACCAUUAUGCAAACUCUUGUUAAGUGGUUUCAAUUACUGUUUGAGGGGAAGAAACUUGAAUCUGAAAAUAGAUGUUUUAUUUUUUGACACUGCGUCAUCAUAAAACUACCUAAUUCCCAUGAAGGGGAGAAGAUUUGUCUGCAUAAGCUACUUUUUUUUGUACUGAUCUUUACACAGAUGUCUUCUUUAAAAACACAAAAACAAA